AUGUCUUCAUACAAAUCCACUUUCAACUCGCCGCGCUCAUCACCUUUCCGUCGGCCAGCCUCUCCAGGCUCGCCUACCCUAGUCAGCAAUGGAAGACCUAAUACUCCGCCCACAAAUAGGAGCGGUGCAUCCCCACUGACAUCACCAUCGAAAUUGAAGCAUGCCUACACCGUCUCGGAAGAGGAGGAGGAAGAGGAAAUAAUUGUCUCGACGCCCUCGAAGACCACCGGGGAACACCCCUUCCGGCGAGCACAGACCGAACCUCCACCAUCACCACCCACCCGCCAGUCCCAGCUCGUCUCACCGUCCAAAUUCGAGAGAUCCUCUCUGUCAGUCUUGGACAACGGAACAGGGAGAGAACCGCGCAGGCUUGUCUCAAACGGCAUGCUAUCCCAGAACGACAACCUCUCCAAACUCCCUCCGCAACUCCUGCAUAACAUGCGCGAAUCCUUCUCCGUCCUGGACUCCAACUCGAACGGGACAAUCGACGCGUCUUCCGUGGCAGAAACACUCCAGUCUCUAGGCCUGCACGAGAGCAACUUAUCGCAAUUCUUCGCGCCUGGCCAACCUCAGCAGAUGUCCCUGCCUCAAUACCUCGGCCAACUGGCCAAUAUCUUGGUCGGACUAUCACCUCAGCAGGAGCUGCUGAACGCCUUCUCUGCCUUUGACGAUGACGACAGUGGCCAGAUCGACAUUGCGGAACUACGCACAGCGUUGCUCAAUACGGCUCCUGACCCUGGCGAGCGGCCGCUGUCCGCAAAGGACAUUGAUCGCGCGAUGGAAGGCUUCACGGGGCGAAGAAUCCUCGGCAAGAACGUCAUCGGCAUCGCGGGCGUGCGAGGCCUGAAGGACCCUGCGCCCAAGAAAGGUGGUGGAGAUGUAUUCCGGUAUCAGGAGUUCGUGGGCAACCUGACCGGGGGACCAGCCACGGAGGGAGGCCAUGCUCAGGGUAUUGCUUCGAGGUGA